AGCAAAGACAUCGGGGUGCAGAUGCACGAGGAGUUGGUAAAAGUCACGAAUGAGCUCUACACUGUGAGUAAACAACAACAUGUCAUUCUCUCUCUCUCUCUCACCCCUCUUUCUCGCUCUCCCCUCUCUCUCUCUCUCGCUCUCUGUCUUGUUCUUUUUUCUCUCUCUCCUUCUUUUUCUCUUCCCCCAUAUCUUUGUACUGUACAGUAUCUCCUUCAAUCCACUCUCCAUGUUUGUUAGUUAGCCUCCUGAAGCUAACUCCAUUCCACUAGACCCACCUCAGACCCUCUGGCUCUCUGCUCUAGUCUCUGGGUUGCCCAGGAUCUGCCCAGUGCAGAAUAGCUUUAUCAGCACUCCUGCAGUACAGCCUUGCUACACAGGUCAUUUCUUUCUGCCCUGGAGGACAUGAAGAAUUUGCAUUUUUCCUCCCUCUGUGAGAGAAGUUAUAGUUGAAGGAGAAACUGUACUUGCCAUUGGCUCUGCUCCAAGCUGACUCAGCAGUUUCCACUGCAGUGGAGGUCUGCUCACUGCCAAGGUGUAUCGUCACAUAUUUACAUAUUCAGCCCAUGCUACACAGGAUCAAACACAGAUCUGUUGUUAAAGUUAAAAGGCAACCUUCUCUUCUGUCGGUAAAUUGACUGUGUACAUGCAUAGAAGAGUAUGCAUACGCAUGCAUGCACGCACUCACACACACACACACACAUGCAAACACAUACGCACACACAAUAAUGAAUGCUCAAUCAAAUCAAAUUGUAUUUGUCUCAUGCUCCAAAUACAACAAGUGUAGACUUUACAGUGAAAUACUUACUCACGAGCCAUUUACCAACAAUGCAGUUAAAAAGUAAGAACAUUACAAAUUGAUUAAAAUAAAAUAGUAACACAAUAAAAUAACAAUAACAAGGCUAUAUAUAUGCUAUAUACAAAGAGUACCAGUACCGAGUCAGUGUACUGGGGUACGAGGUAGUUGGGGUGAUUGAUUGAGGUAAUAUGUACAUGUAGGUUUGGUUAGGUGAUUAAUUGAUUGAAGUACAUGUAGGUAGGGGGUGAAUUGCAGAAAGUCUGGGUAGCCAUUUAAUUAACUGUUCAACAGUCUUAUGGCUUUGGGGUAGAAGCUGUUCAGGAGCCUUUUGGUCCCAGACUUGACGCUCCGGUAUCGCUUGCUGUGCAGUAGCAGAGAGAACAGACUGUGACUUGGGUGGAUGGAGUCCACGACAAUUUUUAGGGCCUUCCUCUGACACCGCCUGGUAUUAGAGGUCCUGGGUGACAGUGAGCUUGGCCACAGUGAUGUACUGGGCCCUACGCACUACCCUCUGUAGUGCUUUGCGGUCGGAUGUCAAGCAGUUGCCAUACCAAGCGGUGAUGCAGCCAGUCAAGAUGCUCUCGAUGGUGCAGCUGUAUAACAUUUUGAGGAUCUGAGGGCCCAUGCCAAAUCUUUUCAGCCUCCUGAAGGGGUAGAGGUGUUGUCGUGACCUCUUCACGACUGUGUUGGUGUGUUUGGACCAUGUUAGGUCCUUAGUGAUGUGGACACAGAGGAACUUGAAGCUCUCGACCGUCUCCACUACAGCCCCGUCAAUGUGAAUGGGGGCGUGCUCGGCCGCUCCGUUUCCUGUAGUCCACGAUCAGCUCCUUUGUCUUGCUGACGUUGUGAGAUUUUAUGUGUGCGCGUGUGCAUGCGCGUGUGAGGGUGUAUAUGUGUGUGUCUGUGUAUGUGUGUGUGUGACAGGAAGGCACUCAUUUGUGAAAUGUGAUGCCUAUUUCUGGCAUGCCAUGGCAUGUCUCUGUAACACAGACAGUAUGGACUCUAUUGGCUGUGUAGCCAGAGUUCUGGAUCACAAUCAAUAUGUAGAGAAUGACAUUGUCCACUAGCCAGACAGCUAAACCAGCAGCCACAUUACAGAAGCUGGUAUUAUAUCAGUUGUAAUAGAAUGUUAAUCCAGUUAGUUUGUUUUGGUUGGAACACUGUGUUGAAAUGGAUAUAGAAUGGCUGUGACUGACUAGUGUCGACACAUGCCGUGUCUGUCCAUUCACAUCCCUCAGAUAGAUAUUUAAGGGCUGUAGGCAGGCCAGUGAGCAUUGGUAAAAUAACACGAUCACACUGUGCAGCAGCAAGCAUGCAUAGCUACAUGAAACCCAUAGAAAUACCUGGGCUUUAAAUACACUACGUGGCUAAAUGGCCGCAUGAGAAUGAUUCUGCAUGACAUGCAACAUAAUGAUGCAGAUUUUCAUUUAUUAGCUUUUUUUCAUGUGUAUGUCUCAUUUAUACGUUCACAUACACACAGUAGGUGACAUAGUUCAUAGCUAGGCCUUGUACAUACUUGUACAGUGUUGAUGUAUAAUGCACAAUGUGAGAGCCAGCUUGGCUUUAACCACAUCUCCAGCUUCCAGUCAGAAUCAAAGUGUCCUCUCUUGUUUCACACCCAGCAACAGCCAGAGGAAUGAGGAAAGGUUCUCUGUAACUCAGCUAGAGAAAAGGAUCUCUGUAACUUGGCUACGACAAUCUUCCUGCUGGUUUCACUUGCUCUCUCCUCACAUCGAUUACUUCAAUCAGAGUUGCUAGGAGACCUGUAAGAGAGAGGGUGAGUUUGUAGUGUGUGAGGGGAGAGGAAAGCAACAGCGGUAACCUAAUUUUAGCACUCAGUCACAAAUCUCUCAUUCAGUAUACAGGAUACAAUCGGAUUAGCAUGCGGAAUCCUAACUUUAGAUAUCUCCCAUUGACAUCAAGUCUGUUAUAUGCUUAUCGUGAGUUUAGUGUAUUGCUGUAGUUACUCCGUUGAGUUACUCCCAUGACCACAGUUCUAUACAAUGUUCUGUUUAAUGUUCACACACACACACACACACACUGCUCUAAUCAUUGUCCUCCUGUCCCUGUGUAGGUGAUGAAGACGUACCACAUGUACCACACAGAGAGCAUCAGCGCUGAGAGCAAGCUGAAGGAGGCGGAGAAACAGGAAGAGAAGCAGAUUGGCAAGGCCAAUGAUGUCAGCACCAGCCUCUUGCGCCAUGACGACCGCCCACAGCGACGCAGCUCCGUCAAGAAGAUGGAGAAGAUGAAGGAGAAGGUGUGGCUUGGGCUGAGUGUGUGUGUUCUACCAAUUGUCUGUAAAAGCUCAGAGGACUUGGAUGCAUUAGCCUCUGACAUUUAAUCAGUUAAUGUAUACACUAAUGACCAAAAAACUUUAACUGGUUUUGUUGCUGUGGUAAGAAUGGACUUCUAUUGUUUCAUGUGUCGCAUGUAAAGUAUUUUGAUGAAAUUAGUUAUCCAUAGAUGGAACUAAAUGUUUUACAUCCUUAGUAUAAGAAUCGAUUUAGAAAUAGAUCAUCUAUUCUACCAGAGAGACAAGCUAGUGAUGAUAACUGUUAGUUUAUAUUCUACCAUUCAGAGAGACAAGCUAGUGAUUAAUAACUGUUAGUUUCUAUUCUACCAUUCAGAGAGACAAGCUAGUGAUGAUAACUGUUAGUUUCUAUUAUAACAUUCAGAGAGACAAGCUAGUGAUGAUAACUGUUAGUUUCUAUUAUAACAUUCAGAGAGACAAGCUAGUGAUGAUAACUGUUAGUUUCUAUUAUAACAUUCAGAGAGACAAGCUAGUGAUGAUAACUGUUAGUUUCUAUUAUAACAUUCAGAGAGACAAGCUAGUGAUGAUAACUGUUAGUUUCUAUUAUAACAUUCAGAGAGACAAGCUAGUGAUGAUAACUGUUAGUUUCUAUUCUACCAGAGAGACAAGCUAGUGAUGAUAACUGUUAGUUUCUAUUCUACCAGAGAGACAAGCUAGUGAUGAUAACUGUUAGUUUAUAUUCUACCAUUCAGAGAGACAAGCUAGUGAUUAAUAACUGUUAGUUUCUGUUCUACCAUUCAGAGAGACAAGCUAGUGAUGAUAACUGUUAGUUUCUAUUAUAACAUUCAGAGAGACAAGCUAGUGAUGAUAACUGUUAGUUUCUAUUCUACCAGAGAGACAAGCUAGUGAUGAUAACUGUUAGUUUAUAUUAUAACAUUCAGAGAGACAAGCUAGUGAUUAAUAACUGUUAGUUUAUAUUCUAACAUUCAGAGAGACAAGCUAGUGAUUAAUAACUGUUAGUUUCUAUUCUACCAUUCAGAGAGACAAGCUAGUGAUGAUAACUGUUAGUUUCUAUUCUACCAUUCAGAGAGACAAGCUAGUGAUGAUAACUGUUAGUUUCUAUUCUACCAGAGAGACAAGCUAGUGAUUAAUAACUGUUAGUUUAUAUUCUACCAUUCAUACCAUAUGUAAAAAUGUAUGCAUACAUGACUGUAAGUCGCUUUGGAUAAAAGCGUCUGCUAAAUGGCAUAUUAUUAUUUAUUAUUAUUAUCAAUGGUUUACUGAUUUGUCUCCCUCUCCCCCCUAACCCCCCCCCCCCCCCCCCCCCCCCUCUAUCUCGCUUUUUCGCUCUCUCUCUCCCUCUCUCUUCUCUCCCUCUCUCCCCAGAGACAAGCAAAAUACUCUGAAAACAAGCUGAAGUGCACUAAAGCCCGGAACGACUAUUUGUUAAACCUGGCCGCGACCAAUGCUCUGGUGGCCAAAUAUUACAUCCACGAUGUCUCUGACAUGAUAGAUGUGAGUGGGUGGUACAGGACAUGCUGAUUAUAACAAAGUGAGAAUAGUAGAAUCCAUUUGAUACACGAAAGCCCAGUAGCAUCUUGUAACACAUAGGGUAUUUUAUUCUACGUUAGCGUUCUAUUGGUUGCAAUGAAUAAUAGAUACAGUAGUUUGAUUAAUUGAAGCAUAGUAGCAUCUUGUGACACAGUAUCUCCUCUUUUGUUUGAAGUUAGCAUUUUAUUGAUUGUAAUGGAUUGCAAUGAUAAUUGAUACAGUAAUAGAUAGUUUGAUAAAUGGAAGCAUAGUAGCAUCUUGUGACACAGUAUCUCUCCCCAUUGGUUUGGAACUAACAGUAUGUGCUUCUCAAUGGUGGUAACCAUAGAAAUAUAAUUACUAGAACAGACAUUCCUUUUGUAGUAGUUCUAAUUCUAUGGUAAUGACUGUAUUUGGUAUAAAUAUUUAGUGGCAUUUGCACAUCCAAUUGUCAGGUUCUAGACGGAAAAAAACAAUAUGAUUGUGUAUGUGACUUUUAUGACUGGGUACUUUUCCUGCUCAUCCCAACCUGGGUUAGGUUUAUGGUUAUUGCUGUCAUAAUGACUGUGUAUUUUCCCUGUCUGUGACCUGGGUAAGGGUUAUUUAUAUGGUAAUGACUGUGUAUUUUCCCUGUCUGAUUGGGUAAGGGUUAUUGCUGUCAUAAUGACUGUGUUGUGUUGUCCAUGCCUCCCCCCAGUGCUGUGACAUGGGCUACCAUCCCAGCCUGGCGCGGACCCUGAGGACCUACCUGUCUGCAGAGUACAGCCUGGAGACGUCCCGCCAUGAGGGGCUGGACCAGCUUGAGGGGGCCGUGGAUGCCAUGGAUGUCAGGGGGGACAAACACAGGGUCAUGGACAUGCACAGUCAGAUCUUCUGCCCGCCCGCACGCUUCGACUACCAGCCACACAUGGGCGACGAGGUGAGGGAGGCGGAGGGUUUGUGAUUGGAGGGGUGAUUGUAACAGCAAUGCCAGGGUCUUGGGUGGGUUCCCUUCUGGGAGCCUAUAAAAAAACGAGUUAUCUCGCUCUCUCUCUCUCUACACUAUAUUAUCUAUCUAUCUAUCUACUGUAUCUAUCUAUCCACUGUAUCUAUCUAUCUAUCUACUGUAUCCAUCUAUCUCAUCUAAUCUAUCUAUCAGGGUUUACGUUAGCUGGUAAUUGAACGUCAUUUUUUUUUCCCAGCCGAUAAAAGAAUUGCUGCCUGCCAAAUUGACCGGGAGAAAAACAAUAGUAGGCAGGCUAUUUUCAUGGAUCAGUUUAAUUUCAAUAAUAAUGUUAUAACUUCUCAAAAUCAUUGUCACGUGGUUAAUCAUUAAAAUCUUAAUUAAAAUGAUAAAAAUAUCAUGCGAGAGCACCAGCAUCUGCCAUAUGGACACAUUUAUCCACCGUGAUCAUUGGCGGCUAAAUAGCCUAAAUGAGUGCAUGGAAGUCAGAGAUGGCCGAUGCAGCCGGUGGCCUAGAACUUAUUGUCAACUAAGUAAAGAUACAUAAAGCCGACAAAUAAAAACAGUAGAAAAUAUACUGAUGAAAAUCAUAUAAACUUUAUUUUGUUGUCCAGAAGCCAAAUGCAUGAUCCUAGUCAUAUUAGCAACCCAUCUGAGUUGUUGCAUCUUUAGAUUCACCCUCUUUCUAAGUUUCUAAGGAGAUUUUCAUCUCUGUCAUAUACUGCUGGCAUCAGGUGUGCUGUUUUAGAAUGUUUUUUUCCCGCAAAUUGCAUUUUGGCAAAUGUUUGAAAAUUCUGUGUUAUUGGCUGCUUCAUUACAGGAGUUGCAUGUUCUGUUAAGAUGAAUUUCCACAAUAGCAUCGUGGGUGGACGCCCUAAUGGGUUACGAACCCAAUGCAUAUGGGUCUGGUACAUUUCUCAAAUGGCCGGUAAAUUAAAAUCUUCCCGGUCACGUUGUCCGGCGCAGCAUUUACUUAACGGAAACCCUGAUCUCUAUCUACAGUAUCCAUCCAUCCAUCUAAUCUAAUCUAUCUACACCAGGUGUGUCAGGUGAGUGCCCAGCAGCCAAUGCAGACAGAGCUCCUGAUGCGUCACCACCAGCUCCAGUCCCGCCUGGCCACACUCAAGAUAGAGAACGAGGAGGUGAGCUCUAACCCUAACACAGUCACAUGGUCAGAGUCAGUAAACUUACCACCUUGGCCAUGUUCAGUAGGUAAAAAUUAUGGAACUUGGUAGAUAAGAAUGUCAUGAAUAUUGUCCUUAUUGUACAUGUCAGAGAAUGCUACAAAAAGGUACCACAUCGUUGGUUCUUAAUGGACAGAAUUGAGCAGUUGAGAGCAAUAAGUGAUACAUUUAAUAAAAACUAAAUAAAAAAUGUAUGUCCAAUGGUCACUUUAUGGACGCUAUAGUCUCGUUUUAAUCUGACUAGGUAGGCGCAGAAAAUACUCUUAAAACUCAAUUGCUAAUGACCCUGUUAAAAAAUCAGGUAAAGGCCGGACGGCUCAUGAUGAGAGGCGGGGAGUGUGUUGUGUACCUCCAAUCAAGUCGAUUUGCAAAUGUUCAUCGAGAUUGGUGUCACAUUUGCUUAGAUAUGAUGGUAGGGAGAUGUGAAUUUAACAUUGAGCUUCAACCAAUACCUAUACUAUUGUGUGUUACACAAGGUUGUGCCCUGCUGAAUCUUUUAGGGGAAAACAUGCAUAUAGGAUAUGGAAACAUUCAGUAUGUUAAAACUGAUACACUGUCAGUCUUUUCUUGUCUCUUCAGAAAUCCAUCUAGGCAGAUGGCUAUAGGCAAACAGUGUGACUCAUGUUUAGAUGCACAUCAUGAAUACUCAAACAGACAUGCUUAUAUCCACUCAGGGCCAACAGAUGACCCCAGCAGCUCUGGUGAACCACACACUGACUGCAUUACUGUACUGUUGACCAUGUUCAUGACGGCUGGAGGCAUUCUCCUUCUCACACUAUAAGGAUGCACACACACACACACACACACACACACACACACAGUCCCUCCCUCUCACAAACAUUCACACACACAAUAAUGCAUUCACACACACCCUAUCUCACAUGCAAAGUGUAGCCCCUGGGAUCGCCUCUCAUCUAACAGGCAGGCAGGGGAGGCCCUACUUUAGCAGUAACACAUGACGACUGUCACCCAAGCAGUGUUUUCAAUCACAAUACAUCUUCUAAACUGACAAAGGUGUGGCCCUAGGGUUGACUCUCAUCUUCCAUCUCUUCCCCAUUACCCACCCACCCAGGCAGGCAGCCAGGCCCUAGCAGCUAGCACUGCAUCCUCCAGCUACAGAGACUGCUGCCUGUCUGCCUACUUGCCUGCCUGCCUCCUGCUGCUGCAGUGAUUCAGACAGAUGUGUGUAAAGGUCACCAUAUAUUUGUGCUGUGUGUUCAGCUUAUCUCCUAUGAAUAUGGAGGUGCUCAUCUCCUCUCCCUCUCACACAGACAAAACACCAGUUAUCUUCCUAAUUAUCUUCACACAGACCAAAAAACAUGUCCCCUACCGGGCUGACUGAACUUGACAUUAUGCAAGUGGUUGUAGGAUGUAGUACUGUGAUCAAGAUCGUGUCUGCAGAAUUCAUACUAGUGUAGAUGUGGGACAUUUUGUUCUUUAAUUUGACAUUUUGCUCUUAAAGGAAAAAUCGACUCAAAAACUAUAUUUUGGUAUUUGUUUCAUUAGUCCACUGUUGAUACAGUCCCAUACAGAUGUAGAACUUUAUGCAUUUUGCAUCAUCAUGACAAGUGGCAAGUGACAAUUAGCCUUUUGAAAGUUCUAUAUCUUGAAAGCUUGAUUGCUGACUAGCAUUUCUUGUCUAUUUUUCCUUUAAGAGCAUUAUACAAUUCCAAUUGAAGUCUCAUUGUGUGCAAGGAAAAUAUUGAUGUUGUGACACAGCUUAAUAAUGACUCUUCCCUUUCUGUCUGUCUUAGGUAAGAAAGACCCUGGAUGCCACCAUGCAGACUCUGCAGGACAUGCUGACGGUGGAGGACUUUGAUGUGUCUGAGGCUUUCCAACACAGCCAGUCCACUGAGUCGGUUAAGUCUGCCUCGUCUGACUCCUACAUGAGCAAGGCCAACGUUGCUAAGAGACGAGCCAACCAGCAGGAGACGGAGGGCUUCUACUUUACUGUGAGUGGCUCUGAUAAGUCACAUGGCUUAAGACUUCACUGUGAUUGACUCUGACAACUAACACCGGUUACUAAGCAUUAUAAAUGCUUUUUUUCUCAUUUGUAUGAAUGCUUCCUGGUAUUAAGUACUUUACUUUAACUACUUGGGUUUAGUGCCUUGCCCUAGUGCUCUGACCAGGUCCUGUGUGGCUCUGUUGGUAAGAUCAAAUCAAAUUUGAAUUGUCAAAUGGUUAACAACAGGUGUAGACUAACAGUUAAAUGCUUACUUAUGGGCCCUUUUCCAACAAUGCAGAAUAAAGUGAAACAAUGAAAAUGGAAAUAGUGACACAAGGAAUAAAUACACAGUGAAUAAUGAAUAACAAUAUCGAGUAAAAAUAACAUGGCUAUAUACAGGGAGUACCAGUACCAAGUCGAUGUGCAGUGGUAUGAGGUAAUGUGCAUACACUGAGUAUACAAAACAUUAGGAACACCAGCUCUUUCCAUGACAUAGACUGACCAGGUGAAAGCUAUGAUCCCUUAUUGAUGUCAACUGUUAAAUCCACUUCAAUCCGUGUAGAUUAAGGGGAGGUGACAGGUUAAAGAAAUAUGUUUAAGCCUUAAGACAAGUGAGACAUGGAUUGUGUGUGUGCCAUUCUGAGGGUGAAUGGGCAAGGCAAAAUAUGUACAUGCCUUUGAACAGGGUAUGGUAGUAGGUGCCAGGCUCACCAGUUUGUGUCAAGAACUGCAACGCUGCUGAGUUUUUCAUGCUCAACAGUUUCCCGUGUGUAUCAAGAAUGGUCCACCACCCAAUGGACAUCCAGCCAACAUGACACAACUGUGGGAAGCAUUGGAGUCAACAUGGGCCAGCAUCCCUGUGGAACGCUUUCGACACCUUGUAGAGUCCAUGCCCCGAUGAAUUGAGGCUGUUCUGAGGGCAAAAGAGGGUGCAACUCAAUAUUAUCAAAUCAAAAUCAAAUCAAGUUUUAUUUGUCACAUGCGCCGAAUACAACAGGUGUAGACCUUAGUGAAAUGCUUACUUACAAGCCCUUAACCAACAAUGCAGUUUUAAGAAAAAUAAGUGUCAAGUAAAAAAAAGAUAAGUUAAAAAAAGAUUGAAAAAUUGAAAAAUAACAAAUAAUUAAAGAGUAGCUGUAAAAUAACAGUAGUGAGGGAAAAAAAGUAUUUGAUCCCCUGCUGAUUUUGUACGUUUGCCCAUUGACAAAGAAAUUAUCAAUCUAUAAUUUUAAUGGUAGGUUUAUUUGAACAGUGAGAGACAGAAUAACAACAAAAAAAUCCAGAAAAACGCAUUUCAAAAAUGUUAUAAAUUGAUUUUCAUUUUAAUGAGGGAAAUAAGUAUUUGACCCCCUCUCAAUCAGAAAGAUUUCUGGCUCCCAGGUGUCUUUUAUACAGGUAACGAGCUGAGAUUAGGAGCACACUCUUAAAGGGAGUGUUCCUAAUCUCAGUCUGUUACCUGUAUAAAAGACACCUGUCCACAGAAGCAAUCAAUCAAUCAGAUUCCAAACUCUCCACCAUGGCCAAGACCAAAGAGCUCUCCAAGGAUGUCAGGGACAAGAUUGUAGACCUACACAAGGCUGGAAUGGCCUACAAGACCAUCGGCAAGCAGCUUGGUGAGAAGGUGACAACAGUUGGUGCAAUUAUUCGCAAAUGGAAGAAACACAAAAAACUGUCAAUCGCCUGGGGCUCCAUACAAGAUCUCACCUCGUGGAGUUGCAAUGAUCAUGAGAACGGUGAGGAAUCAUCCCAGAACUACACGGGAGGAUCUUGUCAAUGAUCUCAAGGCAGCUGGGACCAUAGUCACCAAGAAAACAAUUGGCAACACACUACGCCGUGAAGGACUGAAAUCCUACAGCGCCCGCAAGGUCCCCCUGCUCAAGAAAGCACAUAUACAGGGCCAUCUGAAGUUUGCCAAUGAACAUCUGAAUGAUUCAGAGGAGAACUGCGUGAAAGUUUUGUGGUCAGAUGAGACCAAAAUCGAGCUCUUUGGGAUCAACUCAACUUGCCGUGUUUGGAGGAGGAGGAAUGCUGCCUAUGACCCCAAGAACACCAUCCCCACCGUCAAACAUGGAGGUGGAAACAUUAUGCUUUGGGGGUGUUUUUCUGCUAAGGGAACAGGACAACUUCACCGCAUCAAAGGGACGAUGGACGGGGCCAUGUACCGUCAAAUCUUGGGUGAGAACCUCCUUCCCUCAGCCAGGGCAUUGAAAAUGGGUCGUGGAUGGGUAUUCCAGCAUGACAAUGACCCAAAACACACGGCCAAGGCAACAAAGGAGUGGUUCAAGAAGAAGCACAUUAAGGUCCUGGAGUGGCCUAGUCAGUCUCCAGACCUUAAUCCCAUAGAAAAUCUGUGGAGGGAGCUGAAGGUUUGAGUUGCCAAACGUCAGCCUCGAAACCUUAAUGACUUGGAGAAGAUCUGCAAAGAGGAGUGGAACAAAAUCCCUCUUGAGAUGUGUGCAAACCUGGUGGCCAACUACAAGAAACGUCUGACCUCUGUGAUUGCCAACAAGGGUUUUGCCACCAAGUACUAAGUCAUGUUUUGCAGAGGGGUCAAAUACUUAUUUCCCUCAUUAAAAUGCAAAUCAAUUCAUAACAUUUUUUACUUGCGUUUUUCUGGAUUUUUUUGUUGUUAUUCUGUCUCUCACUGUUCAAAUAAACCUACCAUUAAAAUUAUAGACUGAUCAUGUCUUUGUCAGUGGGCAAACUUACAAAAUCAGCAGGGGAUCAAAUACUUUUUUCCCUCACUGUACAGGGGGUACCGGUACAGAGUCAAUGUGCGUGGGGCACAGGUUAAUCCUGUAUUGACGCUUUGCCUGUUUGAUGGUUCGUUGGAGGGCAUAGCGGGAUUUCUUAUAAGCGUCCAGGUUAGAGUCCCACUCCUUGAAAGCGGCAGCUCUACCCUUUAGCUCAGUGCGGAUGUUACCUGUAAUCCAUGGCUUCUGGUUGGGGUAUGUAAGUACGGUCACUGUGGGGACGACGUCAUCGAUGCACUUAUUGAUGAAGCCAGUGACUGAUGUGGUGUACUCCUCAAUGCCCUUGAAAGAAUCCCGGAACAUAUUCCAGUCUGCUAGCAAAACAGUCCUGUAGCUUAGCAUCUGCGUCAUCUGACCACUUCUGUAUUGAGCGAGUCACUGGUACUUCCUGCUUUAGUUUUUGCUUGUAAGCAGGAACCAGGAGGAUAGAAUUAUGGUCAGAUUUGCCAAAUGGAGGGCGAGGGAAAGCUUUGUAAGCAUCUCUGUGUGUGGAGUAAAGGUGGUCUAGAGUUUUUUUUCCUCUGGUUGCACAUUUAACAUGCUGGUAGAAAUGAGGUAAAACGGAUAAAAGUUUUCCCUGCCACUAGGAGCGCCGCCUCUGGAUGAGCAUUUUCUUGUUUGCUUAUGGCCUUAUACAGCUCGUUGAGUGCGGUCUUAGUGCCAGCAUCGGUUUGUGAAGGUGUUCCUAAUUAGGAAGGUGUUCCUAAUGUUUUGUACACUCAGUGUAUAAGUAGGGUUAAAGUGACUAGGCAAAGGGAUAGAUAUUAGACAGUAGCAGCAGUGUGUGUGUGUGUGUGUGUGUGUGUGUGUGUGUGUGCAUUCAAUAUGCAUUAGUGCGCAUGUUAUGUGUGUGUGUGUGUGUGUCUGUGUGUGUGUUGGGGUGUCAAUGUAAGUAUGUGUGAGUGUGUGGGUAGAGUCCACUGUGUGUGCAUAGAGUAAGUGCAAGAGAGUUGGACAGUGGCAGCAGGUAGCAAUUUGAUUAGCUAUUUAGAAGUCUUGUUUAGCAGUCUUAUGGCUUGGUGGUAGAAAUUGUUCAGGGUCCUGUUGGUUCCAGACUUGGUGCAUCAGUACCGCUUGCCAUGCGGUAGCAAAGAGAACAGUCUGGCUUUGUAGGCUGAAUUCUUUGGGGGGAAAAAAGAAUUGACGCCGCCUGGUAUAGAGGUCCUGGAUGGCAGGGAGCUCAGCCCAGCUCGGCCCCAGAUCAUUGUCGUCAUGGGUUCAAUUCCCGCAGGGAUUUUACAUUUUACAUUUUUAGUCAUUUAGCAGACGCUCUUAUCCAGAGCGACUUACAGUUAGUGAGUGCAUACAUUAUUUUUUUCAUACUGGCCCCCCCGUGGGAAUCACAUACACAUAUACAAACUGUAAGUGUACUGUAAGUCACUUUACAAAAAGUGUCUGCUAAGUAUCAUACAUUAUUGUUAUUAUUAUAUUAACAAAACUUACAGUGCAUUAGAAAUGCUUUUUCCAUUUUUAUGAAUGAAUUGCACACUGCUAUUAGAGUACUUUAGCUACUCAAGUUUAGUGGCUUUCUCCAGUGUUCAUCAUUAUGCAGCAUUAUGCCUUGUGGAAGUCAGACAGGCAACCAUCUGGUUGUGAGUUCAUUUUACUGGUAUUAUCAUCAGGCUUUGCUGAUACAAGUCAUGCAAAUUAAUUAUGAAAUUAACCUUUUGCUCAAAUGCAGUACUGACUAGCCUACAAUCGCAAGUGUGGUCCUGUGUGGCUCAGUUUGUAAGAGUGUGGCAUUAGCUAAGGUUGCCAAGGUCGCGGCUUCAAUUCCUGCAGGGAUUACAUAUUAAACAGUAAUUCACUCACUGUACUACUUACUAUAAGUUGCUUUUGAUAAAAGCGUCUGCUAAAUGCCAUAUAUUACACAUUGUAAAAGUAUUCUCUCUCUCUCUUUGCAUUUUCUGUCUGUUUGUCUUUCUCUCUUGUGCUCUCUCUUGCUCUGUCUGUGUGUCUGUGUGUCUGUCUGUCUGUCUGUCUGUCUGUCUGUCUGUCUGUCUGUGUGUCUGUGUGUCUGUGUGUCUGUGUGUCUGCUUGUAUAGAAAUUCAAAGAGUACCUGAAUGGCAGCAACCUCAUAGUGAAACUACAGGCCAAGCAUGAUCUACUGAAGCAGACGCUAGGAGAAGGUGAGAACAACUCUUCACAUGGUUACAAUGUUAUUGUGCCUCUUCUGGAUCACAAUGCCGUUCAUAGGGGCAUCACCUCCACUUUAAAGCACUAG